ACCGGGAGGUCGGGUCAUCGAUCUGCAGCCUGCGACCAGUUCAAUCCAUCAAGCAAGCAAGCAGAGACCUCGGCGUCGCUUGCUCGCUUGCGUUGCGUGUGUGCUCAUUCAUGGCGAGGUCGCCGUUCGUUCCGAUGGAGGCGGGGAGGGAGCAAGGCGCCGGCGGAGGUGGAGCGGCGACGAAGGGCCAGGAGCAGCAGGCGGCGGAGGCGGCGGUGCUGCUGGUGCACAGCCAGGUGCGGCGGAUCAAGCGGGAGGACGAGGAGGUCCGGGAGCGCCUCCUCAAGCUGCGGCUGCUGGAGACCAGGCCCGCCGGCGCCUUCUGCGACCCGGUGGCGUGGCGGGCCUCCCGCUCGCUCUCGCCGCUCCGCCGCGCCGGGAACGGCGGCAUCCCCGUGGGGGACUGAUGGAUUGGCCGAUUGGCCGUAGCAGGAGCAGGAGUUCUUUGCUGCCUCCCCGUGUUCACGAGCGCUCGCAGUUACAGCAGCAGCCUGUUGUAGAUACGUAGGGGAGAGUCGUUACCGGUCAUUCAGUCGGUCGGUCAUCGUGCCUGUCCAUGUUCUUCUUGCGCGAGUUCAUGGGAUCGGAGCUUAGUAGAGACGACGGUAGGGUGAUGGCAGCGUCGCCGCGUGACCAUGUGUUAGUACUAGCAUGCUCUGUUCUGUCUCCUCCUCUGUUCUUGUAUAUAUGAGAGAGUUCUACCAUGUCCUGGUGUUGUGUUCUUCGAUUUCGUUCUACCUGCUCACCAUGUUCCGCCA